UUUGUUUGUAUGCUAUGGACAGUUUAAAUAGCAGGCUUUCUUGGUCGAAUAAAAGAAGGUAUGGCCGUCCUAGUUCCAAAUACUCUAUCGCUAAGACCCAUUCUACUAAAAUACUCGGAUAUUUUUUUAAAACGUACAGGCCCAGGUUAUUUAUAGAAUAUAUAGUUUGUUAGUUAUUCUGUUCAUUUGGUUACUUUGUUUUUUCACAAACGUCUUGGCGGCCAGUGAAGAUGUUAUUGUUUGACUUUUACAGGGUGAUGAUUAUGGGAGCGGUGAGAUGGAUAGUGACAAACCUCUCACUUUUGAUGAAAUCCGCGGAAUGGGCAAAACUUUCAAGACGUCUUUCCACUCAGUAUUUGUGACUCUCACCGAUUUUUUGAAAGAACCAAACUUCCUUAACGGGACCGCCACGGCGGAGAGCGUUAGCAUGAAGCUGGCCCGAGCUGACAAGGCGCUGGCAAUGUUGAUGAAACUUGGCGGGCUGAUCAGUGUAGUGUUAGAGGAGGCCCGGGAACGGAGUGAAAGAUUUGGUUUACCCAACCAGCAGCCAUGUUCCGCAGCUCUGGAGAAGGUCUUGGACGAGAUGCCAGAGGAGCGGACAGUUGAAAACUUGAUCAUGUUCUCAGAUGCCGUGAAACUGGAAACCAACUGCAUCCGAAGAUUCCUCAUGAUGAUCAUGAAAGAUGUGGCCAUUAUGGCGCAAACCCAAGACGAUGCUGAUGGCUUCAAGCUUGACGCCAUGUUCCAAAGAAUCUCAUUUUACCUUGGUCACAUGGGCAAUGCUGCUGGCGUCCUCCGCUCUAAGAUCCAGCAGUCCGUGGAGAGAAUCAAUGAAAACGUGGACGACAUGGUGACCUCAUAUCCCAUGAAAAGACAGGGUGGCCAGAUGGGCGGACAAGACAGUGGUCAGAUGGGCGGGCAAGGUGGUGGCCAGAUGGGCGGACAAGGUGGUGGUCAGAUGGGCGGGCAAGGUGGUGGCCAGAUGGGCGGACAAGGUGGUGGUCAGAUGGGCGGACAAGGCGGCGGUCAGAUGGGCGGACAAGGUGGUGGCCAGAUGGGCGGACAAGGUGGUGGCCAGAUGGGCGGACAAGGUGGUGGCCAGAUGGGCGGACAAGGUGGUGGUCAGAUGGGCGGACAAGGUGGUGGCCAGAUGGGCGGUCAGAUGGGUGGACAAGGUGGUGGCCAGAUGGGCGGACAAGGUGGUGGCCAGAUGGGCGGACAAGGUGGUGGCCAGAUGGGCGGACAAGGCGGCGGUCAGAUGGGCGGACAAGGUGGUGGCCAGAUGGGCGGACAAGGUGGUGGCCAGAUGGGCGGACAAGGUGGUGGCCAGAUGGGCGGACAAGGUGGUGGUCAGAUGGGCGGACAAGGUGGUGGCCAGAUGGGCGGUCAGAUGGGUGGACAAGGUGGUGGCCAGAUGGGCGGACAAGGUGGUGGCCAGAUGGGCGGACAAGGUGGUGGCCAGAUGGGCGGACAAGGUGGUGGCCAGAUGGGCGGACAAAGUGGUGGAGCAAACGGUGGACGAAAUGGAGGACAAAAUGGUGGC